UAAAAACGGUUCUUCCCAUUAUUCAUCACUACCUUUAGCAACAGGUGCUACAGUAUAUGUGACUAUCACUAUCUAUUACGCUACAUCAUCUUUAUUUUUUCUCUUUUUCUCUACUCACUUACCCACUCAACUACCGCCAUGUCUAAGAACAGUGCCAUCACCGUGUUCGGUGGGGCGGGGGGAAGAGGUUCCAGAAUGUCCGUUGCUAGUCUGGAGGGGCUGCGGAGUGCGAUGCGUUCAUCCGACCCUGAUAAUUCUAAGGAUUCCUCUCAGCCACUCCGGACCGCCCCAGAUGAUAAGAAGGAAAUGAAGGGUCUCAACGACCGUCUAUGCGGCUAUCUGGGUCGGGUAAAGAAGUUGGAGAAAGACAACAAAGACUUGGAGGACCAGAUUCAGGACAUCUUAGACAAGAGAGGAGACCCGAACGCUCGUGACUGGGAUGAGGUGGAGAAACCGUUGUCUGACCUCAGAAAGAAGCUCCGUGAUAUGACCAUGGAAAAUGCGAGUUUGUUGCUGCAAAUUGACAACGCCAAGCUGACCAACGAGGACCUCAAAAACAAGCUGGACUACGAGAAGCAGGCCAGGAAGUGUGUGGAGCAAGACCUGAAUCGUCUGAAAAAAAUUAUUGACAACAACAACCUGAACCGCAUGCAGCUGGGAAGCCAGAUUGAGUCAGUGAAGGAAGAGCUAGCCACCCUAAAGAAGGACCAUAAGGAUGAGGUGAAUGAGCUGUGUAAGAAGAUAAAAGAAUCCAACGUGGUUGUGGAGUUUGACUCCAAGGACAACAACCUCAGUGACACCCUCAACAAGAUGCGUGCCCAGUACCAGAAACUGGCCGAGAAGAACCUCAAGGACACUGACGACUGGUAUCAGAGUAAGUUUCAAAGCAUCAAGGAAGAGGUGGUCCAGAACACUGAGGCAGUACAGUCAGGCAAACAUGAGCUCAAAGAGCUGCGCAAACAGAAACAGCGCCUGGAUAUCGACAUUCAAGGAAUGCUAAGCAUGAUUCACUCCCUGGAAGAAAAUCUGAAAGAAACAAAUGGCCGUUAUGGCCGUGAGAUAAACCGUCUCAAUAAGAUCCUGCAGCAGUUGGAGGCCGAGCUGGGCCAGGUGAAGGCGCAGGUGGAGAAGCAGGUGGAUGACUACCAAGAGCUGCUUCAUGUUAAGAUGAAGCUUGAAGCCGAGAUCGAGAACUACCGCCGUCUGAUUCAUGGCAUCGCCCCUGAAGACAGCCUGGAGUUUUCAUUAGCGCAAGCAGUGAAUCGUGUGCCGCUCCAGCCAGCUAAGACGGACACAAAGGACAGUGACAGAAAGGACGAGCAGUAAAGAAGUAUUCCUGCAGCCCGUGGUGUGGUGGUAAAGAAGAAGCAAUGUUGAUUACUGUAACAAAAAAUUAUUUGGCUUUAGAUUUUAAAUACGUUUUUCUAUGUGAUUGCCUAAACUGUGGUGCAAAACAAUGAAGAUGGGUUGGCUGUAAUGCAAAAUAAAAAAGUGGGUUAGCUACAUUAACUUUUGUUUACUUCUCUUUACACCACUCCAACCAAAUAAAGAAUUUACCACCUGCAACUUAAAGAGCCCCACCAAAGCCAGAGACCCAUUGAAAUCCCCUCCUUUUCACCCCAACCUCCAUUCUCUUUUGUCUUAUCAUGUUUUGAAACCCGGCAUAGUAAUCAAUGGUGUUGUCUGCAGUAGGUUAUGGUGCUGUUAUACCAAUGCAUUCUUUCACAGAGAUGUUAUCCUACAAAAUAAAUAACUUAACUUC